AAAAAUACAAAAUAAAAUGAAAGUAACUAUUUUUAUUAAGGUUGUCAAUCUCGUAUUUGUAAGAAUAGUCUCCCCUUAUCUUCACUAGCACCUCCGACGGUAGCGAGGCUUUAUAUGUCAUUGUCCAAUUCCAUUAUUUAUGAUGUCUUAAAAUUCCCCUUUUUUUUAAUUCUAAUAACAUCUUUUCCUUAAAUCACUACUGAUCACUAUACCCUUAUUAUAUAUGUAUUUUAAUUAAAAACUGUAUUGUACUCAAUUCCUUGAUAAUUUUGACAGGAUCACAUUUCUCAGGUAUCGACAAUCUUGAGUAAUCGAUUAAACUCUUCUUAAUUGUACAGUUAAAUUAAUUGCCAAAUUAAAUUAGGGUAGAUGUACCGUUCUUGGCUACGCCACACUCUUUUAUUAAUCUUAAUAAUAUUCUGAUAUAUUUACUGUAUAUAAUUUUUUUUUUUGAUAAAACUUUAUUUCACAAUUAAUAUUCUUCACAAAUCUGUUGAAGUUUUGAAUAAUUGCACUUAUUAUUUCUGAAAAUAAAUAGUUUGAAGGAGGUGUUGACAAGCUGUCAGUUUCUAAAAAUAACUGUCAGACAGCGCGUAAAAUAUAGUUGCUAAUGUCGUUUUUUUUUAAGGUAAUAACAAUAAUAUAAAUUUCUGCGUUAUUAAUAAGAGUUGUUUAAAUUAUUCAGUACAUAUGAAAUGAUUUGUUUAAACCUUUUAUUUAAUAGUAGCUAGAGUGGCCAAAGCUGGUGCAUCCACCCCAUUUACAAUUAAGUUCGGAAACAAUUAAUCAGACAAAGAAUAAUUUUGGCCCCCCCUUCUAAAGCAGACAAUCCUGUUUACUUAUUGAGAAUUCCACUGAAAUUCGUUAAUUCCUUUAAUUUAUUUACGUAUUUUAUUUAAAUUAUUGACUGAUCGUUUUAUUAUCAAGAAAAUUAUUAAUAAAUUUCCUCCUUUUUUUUUAGAUCAGUCAUGAUUAUACUAGGUACAGCGGCUUCGUUAUUUGUUGUCCAAAGCGUUAAUUUGAUUCAAUCUUUUAGAUUCUGCGUAAAGUACGGGCCCUGGAUGACUGCCCCCAACCGAGAUGAUGAGGAGGCUGUGUGGACACAUAAUGCUCAAUUAGUCAGGGAAAAUGGCCCAAAACAGUACUCGCGUACCAGAUGGUAUCAAGAGUACUCGUGGGACGAAGCUCGGCAGUUGUAUUUAUGCCGCGGAUUCUGGGCGACGAGAGAUUAUAUUUUCCCAUCGGAAGUCCCGGUCUCGCAAGGGAAUCUGAAAAUCCUGCAGGGGAAAUGGCGGAUGGAUGGGCGCCACAUGACCCGGUAAUGACUCUUAUAUAUAUGGUUUUGUUUUUUUUUUUUUUUUGAAGGAACGCUAGCUUGAUGAGUUCAUGUUUGGCUUUGGUUUUUGCAGGUCGCUCCGUGCCUUGCCGUCAGCUCCACCGUUCGCUGGGCUCCAACCCUUCCACAGGGUCUUCAGGCUCAGUUUCCUGCAGGCCUUCUAUAGGACCCGGGAGGGGGACCCAAAGGGGAGCUGUCGCUGGGUGUUGGUAAGCAACAAUGUGGACCCUGCUUGUUUAGUGGCAAUUAAACCUGGGUUUCGACUGACUCCUAUUUCCUUACUUGCAGACGUUCAAUGUGCCCGCAGAAAAGGAUUGGAGGGAAGUCGGACCAAAUGGACUUCUUAGGGAGGAGGAGGACACAGCUAAGGGGGAC